AUGCAACUCCUUUCGAGAGUCGCCGUCGACAUUCAGGGCCUUCGCUACACCUUGGGCGUGGAAUAUCAUCUCAAUGCGGACCUCGACGGCACCCCACCAUGGAACAUCGACGACUUCCCUACAACCAUGCGCCCAGCCGGUCCUCAGUACGCUUGGGCUGCAUUGUCCGCGAGAGCAAGAGCCACCAUGCCGCCUCGUACCCCUGGCAGUGCUCAGAAGAAAACAACCAAGGCCAGACUCAAGGUUGUCCACCUGGCUGAUGGUCGAGUCAUGCUUCAAGACUCUGAUGGCCAUGUUAUCUUCAGGUAG